AUGGAAGUGGAGCUGCUAUGUACCGAUGUGAUCUCUAACCGGUUAAUCAUCUUUGGUGUUGCGGUGGCGGCAGCAAGUGUGUUGCUGCUCUAUCUUCUUUUCGUGGCAUUUAUUGGGACGCCGUCGGUGAUGAAGAACUAUCGUAUCCACAUCAUCGACAGUCUUGUUGGUUGCUGCAAUUUGAAUCAUCUGAGAUUUCAGCUCCAUAUUUUUGCU